AUGACUAUCUCCAUAGGACGAUAUUGUACUGUUGAACAUGAUCCUGAAGAAAAUACAUUUGCUACGAUUGCUGCAGAUCGAAUAGGUGAAGAUCGAAUCUAUCGAAAUCGAGCCCAAACACAAAAUCAUCGUUGCCAAAAUGAAAGAUCGCCCAGUAAUUGGACGGACCCAAUCAUUGUCGACAGUACUAAAAACAUUCGCAUUGGUCAUAAUGCCGAACAUUUCUUCUUUGUCUAUCUACAAAAACUAUACGGUACAGUCGAUGUAACACCGACUAAAAAUUGGCGUUCAUCCUCACGUCUCGUCGUUUAUCCGCAAUAUAGACGUAAUGUGGAUGAUUCAGUGGGUUAUGAUUUUGAAUUACAUGAUACACAGGAACAAUUUGUACAAGGAACAAGAUCGACAACCAAGACAUGUUAUUUCGAAGUUAAGGGCACAAGUGGAUCAUUUAAUAAAGCACAUACACAAUUUCGUAUGUCUCAUAAUGAAUUCGAAACAUGUCAAGCCAUUGCAAACGAUGCUCGAAGAAAAGAGCAAGAAGCAUACUUCAUUGUUAUCAUAGAAAACUGUCUCGAUUCAGAAAAAAUUGCUUUGGGAACUAUUAUAAAUUGGAGUAGUUGCUUAAGUAUCGUGAAAAAGGUAGUGAAUAGCUACCAAUGUAGUUUUGCUUCGCCAUCGGCAGUAAAUUCAAAUCAUACUAAGAACGAAACGGCCGAAAGUGUUACUGUUGAUCAUCAGCAAAAUCAAGAACGACGACAAUCGAUGACACCCUACGAUAAUAAUCGAAAUGCUAUGCCACAAGCUGCACAAUCUAACAACGAAGCGUCGAGCUCUAAUCGUAAUAAUCCAUCUGCUCACCGAAAUCAACAACAACAAAACAGACAGUUUUACGGAAGAGGUCGUGGCUGGAAUCGAAAUUCUCAAUACCCAAUUACAUGA